UAAAUUUCAUUUUUAAUGUGUGCCAUUGUGCCCACAGUAAAAAAAAUGACAAUAAAGGUUAUCUAUCUAGUAUGAUGACAUGUGUUUAUAAUAUAGUAGUCUGGUUUCUGAGGUACUUUUGAAGUAUGGCAGUGUUAGCCUUGCCACAGCGUGUGUUGAUUGUGCUAUAUUGGAUUGAACGGUUAGACAUGUUUUGAUAAAGUUGCCUGAGAUAAGAUAGUCUUGUUAAUUAGGUUAUUACUCAAUCGUGUUCUAUGUCCUCUCUUGCUCAUUUUUGGAAUACAGAAGCACUGCUUACACAAUGAUUGACUAAAGAUCCGCCUUCUUAAAUAUUUGAGCACUCUGCAGGAAUGUAAGUUGGCUAAAGGACAUGACAUGAGUGACAGUUGGGGACUAGGUAAGGCAAGCCAAAGUAAUGGAGCCAGAGGACGAUUUCCUAUAUAAAUACAAAGGAAUCUAUUUCAUAAAUGGCAUGUCUUCACCCAAAGGUAUAGAUUUACUGGACAGUUUGGAAAUCCGAGAUGAUGAUAUAUUCAUAAUCACAUAUCCUAAAUCUGGCACAAUAUGGACUCAGAAUAUUGUGAGCCUGAUUUUUCAUGAAGGUCAUCGAGAUGGAACUGAAAAUAUUACCCUGAAUGAAAGAGCACCAUGGCUGGAGUAUAAAAUUUUGCAUGUAGAUUUUCCCAGUCGCCCAUCACCUCGUCUCUUUAGUUCCCAUCUGCCCUACUAUUUGGUACCCAAAGGAUUACGAAGUAGAAGAGCAAAAAUUAUUUAUGUGCUUAGAAAUCCAAAGGAUAUCUUGGUUUCUAGCUAUCAUUUUCACAAAGUCUUAGUCAAAUUAGAAACCCCAAAAGACUUCAGUACUUUCUUUGAGAAGUUUUUGGCUGGAAAAGUGCUUUGUAGUUCGUGGCUAGACCAUGUAGAAGGCUGGUAUGCUCAUAAGGGUGAUUUCAAUAUUCUCUUCCUUUCUUAUGAAGAAAUGAAAAAGGAUCUGAGAAGGUCUGUACUGAAAAUAUGCAACUUCCUAGGAAAAAAACUAACUGAAAAAGAGAUGGAUGAUGUGGUAGAUAAAGCUACAUUUGAUAACAUGAAAGUGGAUUCUAGAGCAAACUACACAUUCGUGACUCCUGAUAUCCUCGAUUUCAGCAAAGGAAACUUUCUUCGCAAAGGUACUGUUGGGGACUGGAAGAACACCAUGACUGUUGCCCAGAGUGAAAGGUUUGACCGUGUCUUUAAGGAGAGGAUGGAAAAGCUGCCCUUCAGGUUCUGCUGGGAUAUUCAGGAAGAUCUUGAGCCUAUUUCCAGCUCAGUGGAGGAAAAUAAUGUGUGAUGCACAACUUCAAAUGGCUUGGAUCAGAGAUGACCUUCCAAGAACAGUCUUUCUGUAACCUUGUAAUGCUUAAGUCUCAACUCUGCAGAGAUCAUAGAACAGAGCAACAUCAAAUUCUAUGGUAUUAUUAAAUAUUGUAUGGCAUUUGCUUAUUGAUUUAUAUUUCCAUUACUGACUGACUCUGGGUGUUAUAUAUGAAAUAAAACCCCACAAAGACAACAUAGCAAAUAAAAAAAAUAUAAUAUCAA